UGUACAUUCACUGGCUGGUCGGCUGAGAGUGCUAUAGCAUAGAGCGGCGCUUCAGCACUGACAUCUUCCGUGCUAUAGGCGGAUAUAUAAGCCUCUCGGGUGAUGAUACACACUCUGCAGGGAGAGGAUUUUUUCGACGAGGAAAACAUUCUCUUUCAAAUCGUCACAUGGGGUCAAUCGCUUCCUGCAUCGCGACUGAACUGCUGUGCGCUUUUGUGCGUUUCGUUUCUGCCUCUUGACUCGUGUAGGUUUCUGUCGUUGCGAUUACCGUGCCGCUGAUGUCACAAAUUUUACAGCGAUGAUAAGCAAAGUUAAAAAUGCCAUGUCCUCGCUGGUGGGCGGAAUUAUCCCGCACGGACACCACCAUCAGCAGCAACACGGCUCGGCGCAGAACGGCGGAACGGACGGACUCCCGCCGCGCUUCCCCUACAGCAGACCCGAGUUUCUGGACCUGACACCGGAGCUGCUGCAGUACUCCACCGAGCACGCGUCCAGACCGGUCAUCACGCUCAAGAGGGACAGUAGGCUGCCCUGGAGGACGGGAUACGCCGAGGUGAUAAAUGCCGGGAAGAGCAUGCUGAAUGAAGACCAGGCAGCCUGCGAGGUGCUGUACGUGAGGAAGAUGAGCAGCAAACAACAGCGCUGCUCCAUGUUACUGGAGGAAAGCGGGGACACAACAGGAAUUCCCAUGCACUUUUGGGGAGUGUUUGAUGGUCACGCCGGCUCUGGUGCUGCUCUCAUGGCCUCCAAACUCCUCCAGAGGAUCAUUCGGGACCGGCUCUGUGACGUCGCUCAUCUCCUGGAAAACCACAACAGUCCUCCGCCGAUCUGCCUGGCCAAAAACGGGAGCCCGUUCCAGGCGGAGGGCAAGAAAGGAGCCUGUCUGGACGGAGAAGAGCAGGAUGCAGGGCUGCCGGACGAGCCGCGCUUCCACAUGGAGAAGGACAUCAGUGUGGAGAGUCUGGUCAUGGGCAUCAUAGAGACAGCGUUCAGACAGAUGGAUGACCUAAUAGAGAAGGAGAAAGAGUCUUACAGCAUCUCCGGUGGCUGUUGUGCCUUGGUUGCAAUCCACUUGAUGGGGAAACUCUACGUAGCAAAUGCUGGAGACAGCAGAGCCAUAAUUGUCCGCAACAGUGAGGUCAUCCCCAUGUCCACUGAAUUCACUCCAGAAAGCGAAAGACAGCGACUGCAGUACCUGGGCUUCCUCAAACCAGAGCUGCUUGGGAAUGAGUUUACACAUAUUGAAUUCCCCAGACGAAUCCAACACAAGGAACUCGGCAAGAAGAUGCUCUUCAGAGACCACACCAUGACUGGCUGGGCAUAUAAGACAAUUAUAGAAGACGACCUCAAGUUCCCGUUGAUUUAUGGGGAAGGGAAAAAGGCUCGUGUCAUGGCUACUAUUGGAGUGACGCGUGGUUUAGGAGAUCACGACCUGAAAGUGUACAACUCCAACAUUUAUAUCAAACCCUUCCUGUCCUGCUGUCCAGAAGUUAAGGUGUACAACAUCUCUGAGCACAAACACGGGUCUGAUGAUGUCCUGGUCAUGGGUAGUGAUGGACUGUGGGACGUUACAGCUGAUAGAGAUGUUGCUGACGCAGUAUCAACUUUCCUGUCCAGCCGUGAGCCCAAUGAUCCUUUAAGGUACACUCUAGCAGCACAAGACCUUCUGAUGCGCUCGCGGGGUGUGCUGAAGGAGCGAGGCUGGCGGCUGCCCAAUGAGAGACUCGGCUCAGGCGAUGACAUCACCGUGUUUGUCAUCCCAUUGGCCGGCCCAGAGUUAGAAACAUGACCAGGUCGGUCCGCCUUCACUGGACAAGCACACCAGGACACGUCCCUGGCUCCAUCCCAGAGAAAGGGCUAGGAAAAACCAAGAAAAAUACAUCUUCAAUCCGUCAGAAAACUCGGGACACGAGAGAGACUUUAAACGCAAACUUCCCCUCGUCCUCCUUACUUCUCCUCCGAGUAAAUAUCAUCAAGAUGUGAGGUGACAUUAUCAAAGUGCCAUUCCUCUCGCUCUCCAUCUCCUUUCUGAUUUGUCGAACGCAGCCUCUGCAAAGUCAGUACGGGACGGGAGGGAAACGUUUGAGUAUUCUUUAACAUCCGUGGGCCGUUUGAAUCUGAAUCUCAGUGUGGCACUGGAAUACUGCUUAAUAAAAAUAAAAUCAUAGCCCUGACGGCGAGGGAAAUAAAAACCGAAGCACUUUAUAUGUAGCAGAAUUCAUCGGAGCUGUAAUUUAAACCGCUAAUUAUAUUUCUGAACUGUUUUGUGAGGGACUGUCCAAAGAAGGUUUAAGGUUUUCUAUAGCAAAAUGCAAUCAGAAACAAUGAUGGGCAUUUGCUGUGAAUGCAAAGGGGUUUUAUUUGUUCUUUUCAGCUGUUUUGGUUUUAUGGAAGCAAUGCAAAUGCCGAUAUUCUUGGACUGUACAAUAUAUAAAACUACUCAUUUUUCUCUACAUCUCCAGGAAGACAGUUUUUCACUCUGAAUAAAAUGGGUUGGGUAAAGUUGAGUAAAAUAUGGACAAAUUGAGUGGCUGGAUUUUUACAUUUCAUUAAAAAGAAUAACCCGGCCAUUUAGUUUGUUCAUAUUUUACACAUCGUUUUGGAGUGUACAAAUAACCUAUAUUAUAUUUCCAAUUUGUUCUGACCGUUCAAGGAAUGUUUCCAUUGGUUUUCUUAACAACAGUAACAUGACAAGAUAAUCAUUUGCUGUGAAUGCAGUUUUUUUGUUUGUUAAUUUCAGCUGUUUUGGUUCUAUUGAAGCAAUGCAAAUGUCGAUAUUCUUGAAAUAUACAAUAUAUAAAACUA